AUGCGUCGCGUGCAUAGUUAUAUUCGAAUCUUGGAGGCGAGAAUUAAGAGAUUAGAAGGGUAUAUACAGGCACUCUAUCCAGACGAAGAGGUAGAUUACAUCAUUGGAAAACCUCCUCCCGUCAUCAAACGCAGGGAUCGAGCUCAAUGUCCCGUUCCCAUUAUCCCCUCUCAAGAAGAAUCCAUCGCGGAAACACCUGAAGACUUUGCCGAAAUUUCCGAGGCUGAUGACAUGGCUCAUGUCAUGCUGGCGAAACAACUUGAGCGUAUAACAUUAACGCCCACCGCUUCAAACCGUUUCUUUGGCCAAGCGAGUCCUAUCAUGGCGGUUCAACAGGCUUCAACGCUGAGAAGCCGGCUGACAGGUGUCCCUGAUACAGGAUUGGAUCCUAAGGAAUAUCGACGGCCGUUAUACUGGACAAUGAGCCCGUGGGCAUACGACUACGUUUGUUCUCCUGAGUCACCAUAUGUAUAUCCAGAAUUCGAUCUUCUCUUAAGCCUGGUCACCAUUUACUUUGAGAAAAUUAACUGUCUAAUUCCUAUCCUUCAUGAACCUACCUUUAUGCAGGAUCUUUUGUCCUGGAAGCAUUGUCACGACCAAUCUUUUGGAAUGACUGUUCUCUUAGUAUGCGCAAAUGCGUCGAAGUAUUCGUCGGAUCCUCGGGUACUUGCAUCUCCAGAUCACCCUCAUUCAGCUUCUUCCGCUGGAUGGCAUUAUUUCUCUCAGGUGCCGAUACAUCGAAAAAUAAUGCUGUAUACAGCAACAGUCUAUGAUUUGCAAUACUACGCUCUCGCGGCAAUCUUUAUCGGUGGAACUUCGCUGUGUCCUGUAUCAUGCAAUUUGCUUGGCAUAGGAUUAAGAUACGCCGUAGAGCUGGGUGCACACCGCCGAAGGGGAACAAAGCGUUCAUCUGUCGAUGAAGAGCUGCUAAAACGUGCAUUUUGGGCAUUGUACUGUUUGGAUACGAUUAACAACUCAUUCUAUGGUCGACCUGCCGGUAUCUCCCAUGAAUCGCUCGACAUUGAGUACCCAAUUGAAUGUGAUGAUGAAUACUGGAGAAGCGAUGAUUCAGAGGAAGCUUUUAAGCAACCCUCAGGGAAACCAUGCUCGAUUUCUAAUUUUAUUUGUUUAAUCAAGCUAUGCGAAAUCCUGGGUUUCGCAACAAGAACUCUUUAUUCCACCAAGAAGAGCAAAAUUCUUUCAGGAUAUUUUGGGACUGAUUGGGAAAUUCGAAUGGUCUCUGAACUCGACUCGUCUCUGAAUAAAUGGAAAGCUUCCCUCCCUCCCUAUUUGGUUUGGGACGCUGACAGAGAGGACUCGGUGUUUUUUCACCAAUCCGUCAAUCUUCACGCAAUGUUUUCCUAUGUUCAGAUGCAGGUUUAUAGGCCUUUCCUGACAAAACAGUCUCCCUUGUCAGCAUCCUCUCUUGCUAUGUGUACAAAUGCUGCCAGACUGUGUACGCACAUCCAGGAGGUAGCCAUUGCCAGGGAUCUCUGUGUCUCAUCACACACAAUUUAUAGUGCGUUCACUGCGGGGAUAAUUAGUGUUCUAUGUCUAUGGGGAAGCCAAAGGCCAGGUUACGUUGGCGAUCACCAAAAAGAAGAAGAAAAUCUUGUGAAAUGUGUUAAAGUCUUGGGAAAAUGCGAAACAUUAUUUCAUUUGGCCGGCUCAUUACGCGACAUUCUGUGUGAAGCUGGGGCUGUCAGCCAGGUCGACGACACUCGUGAUCCACAGAGCUUCCGGUUGGGAAGUAGUCAAACCGAAAGCAAUAUACAUGACCACGCCUUUGACACGCAAACCGUAGUAGAAGAGACCACUUCAUCUGCAAACACCGAUUGGGACCUUUAUAGAUUAAUCCUCACCGAGAUGGGACAUCGUGAGGUCGGGUCCACGAGUGCACCUACCGUCGAUACUCAGGUCACAGCACACGAGGCUUCGCAACCACCCGACCCUGCGACUUUCAACUUUUGGGGCGAUCCUUCCGCAACCUAUACCAGCUUCGAGGAAUGGGACACACUUGUUCGGGAUAUACGCCAUUUGCAAUGGUGCGCUAUGAUCUUUUGA